GGUGGUGAACUUGCUGAUGGGCAUUCUACUGACGGUGAAAGUGACUCAUCCUGACACAGUACCAGCAGUUGACAUCCAAUAUGAAGUUAUCGGGAAUUAUUAUGCCUCGGAGCGGGUGGCUGAAAAUGCCUGUGUGCUGUUUGCCAUCUCCCUGUUAAUGUUCACCAUGAGUGCUAUGAUGGUGUAUGGAGCAAUAACGCAUCGUGGAGGCUGGCUGAUCCCCUUUUUCUGUUACCAGCUCUUUGAUUUUGCCUUGACAUGCCUGCUUGCAAUCAGUUCCCUUACAUACCUGCCUGGCAUUAAAGAUUACUUGGAGCAGCUGCCUGAAUUUCCAUAUAAAGAUGACAUGCUUGCUAUGGAUUCCAGUUGUCUGCUAUUCAUCGUACUGUUUGUGGGAGCGUUUGUCAUCAUCCUGAAGGCCUAUCUGAUUAACGUUGUGUGGAACUGCUACAAGUACAUCAACAAUAGAAACCUCCCUGAGAUUGCAGUGUAUCCUGCAUUUGAAACCCCUCCACAGUAUAUCCUGCCUACGUAUGAGAUGGCCAUAAAGAUGCCAGAGAAGGAGAAGGACCCUCCACCUCCGUACAUCCAGACCAGUGAAGCCUCAUAA